AUGGCUCUCACUCACCCCAACGUUGUUGACGGCUGGUUCAGAGAGAUCAACCCACAAUGGCCAGGUCAGGCUAUGACUCUCAAGGUCAAGCAAAUCUUGCACACUGAGAAAUCUCUCUUCCAAGACGUCCUCGUCUUUGAAUCCGAGACUUACGGUAACGUCCUUGUUCUUGACGGUGUCAUCCAGUGUACCGAACGAGAUGAAUUCUCCUACCAAGAAAUGAUUGCCCACCUUCCUUUAGCAUCUCACCCUAAUCCCGAGAACGUAUUAGUCAUUGGUGGUGGUGACGGUGGUGUUAUCCGAGAAGUCCUCAAGCACAAAUCAGUGAAGAAGGUCACCCUUUGUGAUAUCGAUGAGGCCGUCAUCAGGGUCUCCAAAGAAUGGCUUCCUAUCAUGUCUCAGUGUUACAAAGACCCUCGAGUCGAAGUCCACAUUGGUGAUGGUUUCAAGUUCCUCCCCGAACACAAGAACGAAUACGAUGCCAUUAUCACUGACUCCUCUGACCCUGUUGGUCCCGCCGAGGCCCUUUUCAAAGCUCCUUACUUCCAACUUCUCAAAGAAGCUCUUAAGGAGGACGGUCACAUCUCCACCCAGGCUGAAUGCUUGUGGAUCCACCUUCCAUUGAUCAAGGAACUCAAGGAAACCUGCAAGAAGCUUUUCCCAGUUGUCAAAUACGGUUACACCACUAUCCCCACCUACCCUGCUGGUCAGAUCGGUAUCAUGGUCUGCUCAAAAGACGGCAGCAGAGAUGUCACUGUUCCCCUCCGAGCCGUCCCAGACACCAAGUACUACAACUCUGAUGUUCACCGAGCUGCCUUCACCAUCCCUGAAUUCGGUCGAGCCAUGCUCGAAGAUGGUAUCAACGUCAUGCCUAAAUUCUCAGGUGUCCGACCAGGUCCCGCUUCCAACCAAACCACCAAGAAGAAGGUCCUCCUCCUUGGUUCAGGUCUUGUCGCUCCUCCCGCCGCCGAAUACAUUACCAAACAUAACCACGAGCUUACUGUCGCUUGUCGAACUUUCGCUACUGCCGAAGCUCUUUGUGCCAACCUUCCUAACGCUACUCCCAUGUCCGUGGACGUCGGUUCUCCCGAUGCUUUGAGACAAGCCAUCAAAGGUCACGAUGUUGUUGUAUCCCUCGUUCCCUACACCUAUCACGCCUCAGUCAUGGAGGCUGCUCUCGAAGAGAAGGCUCACGUCGUCACCACUUCUUAUGUCAACCCUCAAAUGAAGGCUCUUCACCAAAAAUUCGUUGAUGCCGGUUUGAUCUGUUUCAACGAGAUCGGUGUUGACCCUGGAGUCGACCACCUUUGGGCUAUCAAGACCAUUGACGAGGUCCACAAGGCCGGCGGUAAGAUCAAGAGCUUCUACUCUUUCUGUGGUGGUCUCCCUGAACCUGCCGCUUCGGACAACGCCCUUGGUUACAAGUUCUCUUGGUCCCCUGUCGGAGUGCUCAUGGCGCUCAAUAACGACGGUCGAUUCUACAAGGAUGGUCAGAUCGCCGACGUUGCCGGUAAAGACCUCAUGUCCUCCGCCAAACCAUACUACUUCACCCCCGCUUACAACCUCGUUGCCUACCCUAACCGAGACUCAUCCGUCUUCAAGGAAUUCUACGGUCUCAAGGACGUUGAGAAUUUGGUUCGAGGAACUAUGCGAUACGCUGGUUUCUGCGAAGUCAUCACCGCUUGGAAGGAGAUGGGUCUUUUGGACGAUACUCCUCGAGAUGAUCUCGCUAAGGAUGCUGCUCCUGUUACAUGGCUCGAAUUGAUCGCUAAAUCCAUCGGUGUCGAUGCUAAGGAGACUGCCGUCAUUGAAAAGCUCAGAUCACUCAAAUCAUUCGAGAAAGACGCCAAGAUCCUCAUCGGUAAAUUCCGAGGACUCGGUCUUUUCUCUUCUGAGAAGGUCACUCCUAGAGGUUCGAUCAUGAGAACCCUCUCUGCUCUCCUCGAAGAGAAAUGUCAAUUCCAACCUGGAGAAGUUGACAUUGUCUUGCUCCAACACACCUUCGAGAUUGUCAAUGCUGACGGGACUGAGCAAACUAUCACUUCUACCCUUGAGGCUUACGGUGAUAGAAACGGUGGUCACUCCGCUAUGGCCCGACUUGUCGGUGUUCCAUGUGGUGUCGCUGUGCAAUUCAUCCUUGAAGGUGUCCUUACCACCCCUGGUGUCCUCCAACCAUACGACGAACCUACAUGUAAAUUAUUCAGAGACAGACUCGAAAAGGAGGAGAACAUCACUAUGAUCGAGAAGGUCAUCUAA